UACAAUCAUAAAAAUAAUGAAUAUUGCUGCUCAAAAACUAGGCAAAUGAUAAAAUGAAGAAAAUGAGGUAGAAUUUGAGUAUGUUUUACUUGCAGGUUUGCCCAAUCAGGUUGCUCAGUUUUGUCAUUUCUCUCUCCACCCUUCUGUUCUCUACAGAGUUUGCCGUUCAAGAUUUCAACUGUUUUGAUCCUAUUUCGUCAACAUGGAGGAUGCUGCCUAGUCCUCCAAUCGAUUUCAGGGCGCUUAGAUUUGAUUUCCGACACCACCCACAACGUUCUCCUAGCAUUCAGUCAUCCAUUUGUCUAAUUGUCUUCGACCCUAUAUCCAGAAACUGGUCUUUUGGCCCUCUACUGUCUAAUCCACGCCCUGGUGCGUCGCUGGUUCUGCACAUGGUUCAGUAUAUAUUGCAAGUGGCAUUGGUGUGCAGUACCAUGGCAAUGUAGCGCAGUCUGUCGAGAAAUGGGACAUGAACAAGAAGGACUCCGGUUGGAACUGGGGAAAGAUGGCUUCACUUAGAGAUAGAAAGUUCAGUAGAAAAGCUGUGGAAGAAAUUGAGUAUAUAGGAUAACUUUGCAUGGUAAAUAUAAAUGGAAAAGCCCCCAAAGACGGGAUUGUUUAUGAUAUCUUGAUGAAUCAGCGGGAAGAAAUGCCACGGGGAAUGCUCGCCGGAUGGAAAGGGCCGGCUACCGUGGAUGUUGAUUUUCUGUAUGUGGUAGAUCAGGAAAUUGGUUCAUUGAAAAAGUAUAAUGCAGAAAAUGAUUACAGGGAGAAGCUGAUCAUGUCAUCAGAGCAUCUGGAAGAUGCUGAACAUAUAGCUGCAGGCCGUGGAAGAGUUUGUGCAGUUUCUGUCGGCGGUGGAAGUUUAUUGUGGUUGAUAUUUUAACAACGCCGGCUAAGAUUUGGGUGGUGGCUCCACCACCUGAAAUGGAAGUUAAAGCUGUUCAUAUAUUGCCGAGGAUGACUUUUUUUGUGAACUAAUCCUCAGAAUGUACUUGUAAACAGCUCAUAUAUUGUCUUAAAUUAGAAAUAUUCACUUGCUAACCUUCCUGAAACCUUUAGUGGUGGCUUCAAGGGCUCAUAGCAGCCCAAGAAGAUUAUAUAUUAUGAUCUUAUCUUCUGUUAA